UCUCAGACCACCUCUACACAGAGAUACAACCAUGGCACCUACAGUCACUGCAGCAAUGAACUAUUCCAAUGAGCACCUGACUCUGGCUAACAAGCUGAGAAAGCCAAUGGUUGAAAAGAUGCGCAGAGAUCGAAUCAACAGCAGCAUCGAGCAGCUCAAGUCUCUCCUGGGCCCAGAGUUCCGUGGCCAGAAUUCCAACUCCAAGCAGGAGAAAGCCGACAUCCUGGAGAUGACAGUUUGCUUCCUGAGACGGCAGCACCAGCACCAGUCAGCGAACAGCACAUCCUGCUCUUCAGCUGUCAGUGAGGGCUACUCCAGGUGUGCGCAAGAGAUUGUCAGCUUCCUGUCUCGCUGUGAAGUGAAGACACCAUCCCAGAGAAGACUGCUGAGCCAUUUCCAGAACCCUCAGCCAUCCUCUGACAAGAGCAAGAUUCAGUUUGCAGUGCCUCAGCUGAGCUCUCCAGCACACAACACCAGCAGCAAAGAGGAGAUUCCAGCUAACAGUGCCCUCUGGAGGCCCUGGUAGAGUCCUGCAGACUGUGUCACAAUUGUCAGACCAACAGAAUUGAACAUGCCACUCUACAUGAGAUUGGCAUUGCCUGCAAUUCUCACUAUGUAGGAAGUGUUCUUCUUUAAAUGAUUGUUUUCAUUGUUAGAAAGCAUAUUUACUGAAAGUUAAUCAGUUAAAAUAGAUUACUUCUAUUUAAAUUAGUUGGUUAUAAUAACCUUUCUAUUUUCUUCAGUGAAGUUAUUGAAUUUUUAUUUCUUGCAAUCAAAGUGCUUGUAUAAAUAUAAACAUGAAGCCGAUCUUUCUGUUUCUAUGAAACCAGUGAAAUUUGCCAAUUUUUUUGACAGCAUAGUCUUUUGAAUGUUGUUCAGUUGAUGGAAAAGUAAGCAAAAUAUCUUGUUGUACAAGAAAUACAUUUAAUUUGUAUUAAAAUGAAACAAUAUUGAAGUAAUAAUGGAUAAUUUCCCAUUAAAAGCUUUCUGUGAAGGCAGUUUUAAGUCAUUCCUAUUUGUAUAUGGACUUGUGCUUGUUCUGAUCUCCUUUCAGAGAAAUCAGGUUUAUAGCUUAUGGUAUUAUUUAUGAAUACUUGCUAUGUGCAGAAUUUUUUCAAUGAAAAUUAUAAAUGAAGGUAAAAUGUGUAUGUUUUCCUUUUGUCUAAGGUAUGGAUUUGAACCAUUUUGAAAAUUGUACCUGCUUAGCAUUUACCAUUUAUUCAACCUUCCACACACUUUGGUUUUCUUUUGCAAGCACAUUUGAGUUUGAUGUGUACAGUUAUGAUGCUCCAUGAGUAAUGAUUUUAUAAAUGAAAUAUUCUUGCCACAAUAUUUGUGCCACUAUUGUUCUGAGCAGGUUGACUGCUUUAAUGAAAUAAAAAACAUCAUAGUUAUAAA